UGGCACGUCUCAACAGGCAUGGAAAACAUACCUCGCCGCUCCGAGGGACUGAUUCUACAGGUACGGGACUGAGCAGAGGAUCAGACUGUUAUCACACAGAUAUUUAACUCUCCUGUUGCAGACAGCCUUACACAGAUCGUACACCUGUACACCUCCACACACAGAGGCAUCAUGGCAGAAGUACUGAAGGCUGUCCUGUUGCUGUGGAUCCUCCAGGUCUCUGCCCAGGACCCAGAAUACGACCACCUGUUAGUGAGGCCCAGGAACAUCAAUGACGAAAAGGACGACUGCCCCAUCAAUGUGUACUUCACCAUGGACACCUCUGAGAGUGUUGCUCUGAGGGAGUUCCCCUGGGGCAGUCUGGUGGAGGAGCUCAAGAUGUUCCUCCAGUUGUUUGUGGAGAGGCUCCAGACCACCCCCCUCAGGGCCAAGAGGGCCCAGUGGGCCUACGGUGGGCUGCACUUCUCAGACCGUGUGGAAGUCUUCAGCCAGGUGGUCACUGAUGCUGCAGAUUUCCUGGGAAGGACACAGGCCAUCAGGUACAUUGGUAGGGGAACCUUCAUCGACUGUGCCCUGAGGAACAUGACAGAACAAGUGAGACUAACGGCCAGUGGAAAGCCCCGGCUCCAGUACGCUGUGGUCCUCACUGACGGCCACAUCACUGGCAGCCCCUGUGGAGGGGUCUCACGGGCCGCCGAGGCUGCCAAGGCAGCGGGCAUCAAGAUCUUUGUAGUGGCCACCAACGAGUACACCAUGGAGAGUGAGCUCAAGCGGAUCGCCAGUUCUCCUGUGGAGCUGUAUAGGAAAGACUACAUGGCAUUCCCAGCUAGCAACCGCCAGGCAGCUGUCAACAGGAUAACUGACACCAUGAUCAAAGAGGCCGAAUUUGAGUGCCAAGCCCCGAUGUGCAUCCAAACAAAAGGAGCAGUCGGGCCGAAAGGAUACAAGGGAAUGAAAGGUGCGAAAGGAACUAAUGGUGCAAUAGGAGAUCCUGGACAGCCUGGGCAACAGGGAGACCUCGGUAUCGAGGGCUCGAUAGGUUCGCAUGGACAGAAGGGUCUUCCAGGCCUCAAAGGAGAGAAGGGAGAUAUUGGUGGAUCUGGUCCGAAGGGUCAAAGGGGAUCUCCUGGGUAUAACGGCAUUGAUGGCGAAAAGGGAAAGACUGGCACCACUGGGACACCUGGAUGUAAAGGAGACGCUGGCAUGUCGGGAGAAGCCGGUCUUGCCGGGGACUUUGGUAUCAAGGGUGACACGGGCAAGUCAGGUGAAAAGGGUGUUGCUGGGCAGAGUGGCAGGCCUGGACCACAGGGUGAUCAUGGAGACAGUGGAGAUAAGGGUGUUGCUGGCUAUGUUGGAAACCCUGGUCUGCCUGGGCAAAAAGGAAACAAGGGUAAAGCUGGACCUGGUGGAAGUCCUGGCGACACUGGAAGCAGAGGAGACAGUGGCAGAGUUGGACGACGGGGCAAGGCUGGCAAGAGAGGAGAUAAGGGAGAACGAGGCCCAGAGGGGGUGAAUCCAUGUUGGUUGUAUUCAUUGUGUUGCAUCUUGCAGGGAGAACGAGGCCCAGAGGGGGAGAAUCCAUGUUGGUUGUAUUCAUUGUGUUGCAUCUUGCAGGGAGAACGAGGCCCAGAGGGGGAGAAUCCAUGUUGGUUGUAUUCAUUGUGUUACAUCUUGCAGGGAGAACGAGGCCCAGAGGGGGAGAAUCCAUGUUGGUUGUAUUCAUUGUGUUGCAUCUUGCAGGGAGAACGAGGCCCAGAGGGGGUGAAUCCAUGUUGGUUGUAUUCAUUGUGUUGCAUCUUGCAGGGAGAACGAGGCCCAGAGGGGGAGAAUCCAUGUUGGUUGUAUUCAUUGUGUUGCAUCUUGCAGGGAGAACGAGGCCCAGAGGGGGUGAGAGGAGUUCCUGGAGAGAAUGGAGAAGAAGGAGCAGCAGGGGCACCAGGUUUCCCAGGGGUCCGUGGUCCACCAGGUGAGGGUGGAGAGGCGGGACUUCAGGGCUCUCAGGGGGAUGCAGGGGACUUUGGCCCCCGAGGAAACACUGGAGCAGCAGGAGCUAAGGGAGAUAGAGGAAGUGAUGGAUACAACUACCCAGGACCCAGAGGGAAACAGGGAGGGAGAGGAGACCCUGGUUUACCUGGACUGCAGGGCACCAGAGGUUAUAAUGGAGAGAAAGGAGCCCAGGGAACAACAGGAACAAAAGGACCGGCAGGGGAGCCAGGGCAAGAGGGUGUUCCUGGGGACAGAGGAGUGAGGGGGUUACCUGGACCACUGGGAGUACCUGGUACUCGUGGGGCCUCUGGUCUAUCGGAGUGUGAAAUCAUGGGAUUUGUCAGAGAAACGUGUGGCUGCUGUGAUUGUGAAAAGGUUUGCCCUCCCCUGGACCUGGUGUUUGUGAUUGACAGCUCUGAAAGUAUUGGAAAAACCAACUUCAGCCUGGCUAAAACCUUUGUCAUCAGUGUAGCAAACAGGCUUGGGAAGAUGGCCAAAAACACAUCUGACGUCUCAGGGUCUCGUCUGGGUGUGGUUCAGUACAGUCACCAAGGGGAGGUUCAGGCCAUCAGGAUGGACGAUAGGAGCAUCACCUCUGUGACCUCCUUCAACACAAAGGUCAAAGCCAUGGAGUGGAUCGCUGGAGGCACCUGGACUCCCUCUGCCCUGAAGUACACAUACGACCAUCUGAUAGUUCCAGGUCGCAGGGGGAGGACCAAAGUGGUGGCCAUAGUUAUCACAGACGGUCGCUACGAUCCUAAAGACCUGGAUAAUCUUGGAGCCCUGUGUAACGGAGUGGACGUGUAUGCCAUCGCCAUCGGUGAUAUGUUUGACUCUGGGGCAGAGAGGCAGAAUCUGGAGAUGAUUGCCUGUAAUAUGGGGGACCGGGUGAAGACACUGAGUGUCUACGCUGAACUAACUGCUGAGGAAUUCUUAGAGGAAAUAGAACAAAUCCUCUGCCCAGAACCAGAGAUGAUCUGUCCAGACCUGAAGUGUGCCUCGGAUUUGAGUUUGGCUCCACUGAUCCAGCGCCCCGUAGACAUCCUCUUCUUCAUUGACGGUUCUGAGAGAACAGGGGGCAGAAACUUCAUCAGCAUCCUGCGCUUCAUCGGGAGACUCUCCCAAUCGAUCCCUCUCUCCAAGGAGGUCUCUUCAGGAGCUCGCUUCGCCGUGCUGCAGUUUGGAGGGGAGCAGGACCCAGAGGUUCUUCUGGACUUCUCCAACAACCACAGAAAGAUUAGCUCCCUGGUCUCUAAUGCAGUCUACCGCGACUCAUCCUCCACUCUGGGCAGCGCUAUUCUCUACGCAACUGAGAACCUCGUCAGUAACCCUGGAGGUCGGUUCAGAGGGGUACGUCCAGACGCAGAGCUCACCUUUGUGUUCAUUACAGACGGAGUGACCUCAGACAAGAACUUUGCUGAGGGUAUUGGAGCCAUGAGAAGGGCCAACGCAGUGGGUGUUGCUAUCACAGUGGGAUCAGAUAUUGACAAGGAGCGGUUGCUGCAACUCACUCUUAGGGACAAAGCUCUUAUCUUUAACCUGAUGAGUUUCAAUGACUUGGCCCUCCCUGGGGUUGUUAAACACAUGGCUCAUUGCCUUGGUUAAACCAGGUUAAAUAUAUUCAGGGCCCCAUUUGAUUUAACACGGGGCGUGUAGGCUAACUGAAAGACCUAGAACUGAUUUCAUAUGUCAUUUCAUGCAUCUUUUCUAUAAUUAGUUUUUAUUAGACUACAUUUAAAAAAAAGAUGUUACUAAUCUAAUUGAUUUGUGACCCCAAUAAAGCCUAUUUUUUU